AUUCUAGCCGGCGUCUUUGGACUCAGUACGUUCGACACCGAGAUACGUCAGCUUCCAACAUCAUUAACCUCAGUAGACCGAUCCUUCGUAAACCUCUCCCUGCUCGGCGUUCCAGCUUCCUUAGCUUUCGGAUUCGGUGCAGUCUAUAUGAUCUGUGCAGUCGGAGUCUACGUUUAAAAUCUUACUUUUCAUACUCCAAGGCGUUCGGGACCUAGUGUAGUCUACACGGAAUGAUAUAAGCGUUCAAGACAUCGAGAUACCAUCAAACCUCCAUUUCCUCCUCUCUUACCAGCCAUCUCCUACAAUCUAGCACUAUCAACUCUGUGAAACAAAGGCAGCCGCCAUCAUGGACGAAGAAGAAGAACGUCCCGUUCUCACAGCUGUCUCAAGCUCCGCAAGGCAGUUGUACUUGUUGCUCCGGUGCAUCAAUUUCUCCGACAAGGUGCAUGUACAAAUAACAUCAAGCGGUCUCAAAUUCUUCGUAGAUGAGGCUAGUGUUAUGGAAGGCUCUGCCUUCCUUGAUAAAUCCCUUUUCACCACCUAUACAUUUCAUCCUCCUCCUCUGCCAGUACAAGAACAAAACGAUUCCGAUUCCGAGAACGAAUUAGAUCCUCCAGACCCAAACCCCGUCUUCCAAAUCUCUCUACCCUCUCUCCUCGAAACACUCCAGAUAUUAGGUCUUACGGAUCCCAAUAACAAUAAGCCUCCAUGGGCCAGGGAUAAUCCCUCGUCUACGGCAUUCAGCAACAAUGUACUAGGCAUGAAUAACAUGUGUCGAAUCUCAUAUACCGGCUUUGGUGCCCCGCUCUCUAUCAUCCUGACCGAGUCCACUAUCCGAACAACUUGUGACUUGACCACGUAUGAACCCGAGUUCGCCGAUGAAAUACCAUUCGAUCGACAAAGCCUCGCUUUCAAAACGAUCAUGCGCGGAUCCUGGCUUUCAGACGCGAUAUCCGAGCUUGCGUCCACAUCACCCGAACGACUUUCCCUCGUCGCAAAAAUGAACAAGGGGAAACCAUUUUUCGCACUCGCUGCCUCUGGUGAUCUUGGGUCUGCCAGUGUAGCAUUCAACAACAACCCUACUAGCUCAACCCGCGCUCCGCCCCCUACACAUCGCGGUGCGUCGCCAGAUGCGGACGCUUCCACUCCGGCCAAUGUCUUAGAAACGUUCCAGCUGAGCGACCCUGACACCCCGCUGCGAUGCACAUAUAAGUUCGCAUUGAUUCAGAAAGCGGCAAGAGCGAUGAGCAUUGCCACUAAGGUCAGCGUGAGGACUGACAUACAAGGUGUAUUGAGCUUGCAGUUCAUGAUAGAGACUGAAGGGGCGAAGGUGAGCUUUGUUGACUUUCGAUUCGUCCCGUUGGUAGAAGACGAUGAGGGAGAAGGCGAUACGUAUCUAGCGAAUGAUAACGAGGAAGAUGAGGAUGCAAACGGCGUGGACAGUGCAACGGAGGAUGAAAGCUAGGUGCUGGUGGAAUAUCUGAUCAGCAUGCAUGUAUUUAUUGAUUUAGCUUCUCAAGUAGAAAUUGUCGAU